ACGUCCAGCAUGGGACACCUUGGAGCUUUAUUUCUCCUCAUCGCGCCUCUCAUCUGGCUCCAUACUCGUGGUCACUCUCUGCCCGCCUGCCCCAAACAGCUGGAGUUCCGGUGCGGUGACGGCUCGUGUGUCUCGGACCGGUUAGUGUGUGACGGACAAAAAGACUGUAAGGACGGGUCAGAUGAAAAUCACUGUGGAGACAAAGGAUGCCAAACAGCCGAAUUUGCCUGCCGCAACAAAAAAUGCGUAUCGUCACAUUUAAUGUGCAACGGCAUGGACGACUGUGGCGACGGGAGCGACGAGGCUUCCUGUCAGAGCUGCACGGCGGGCGUUUUCUCCUGCGGGCCGUCCGACGCCUGCCUGCUCAGAAGCAAGGUCUGUGACGGACGGGCCGAUUGCAGAGACGGACGAGACGAGCUCAAGGAGCGGUGCAGUUCAGCGGAACCCCCCCAGCAGCCUUCUUCCAAAUGUUCGGUGUCCGAGUUUCAGUGUGGAGACGGCCAUUGCAUCCGGCAGACCUGGAGGUGCGACCGCUGGCCAGACUGCGCCGACGGCAGUGAUGAAGACGACUGUGAUCAAAACGAGUGUCAUGUGAAUAACGGCGGCUGCUCGCAUCUGUGUUUGGACCAACCGAUGGGUUUCCUCUGCUCCUGUCCUGACAACAUGAGGCUGGUUGACGAUACCCAGUGUGAGGAGGUUGACACUUGUCUGGAGAGUGACGUCUGUGAUCAGCUAUGUGUUUACAUAAAUGGCAGCCACAACUGCGGCUGCCACGAGGGCUAUUACAUGAAUCCCACAUCCAGAGAGUGCAAAGCCAAAGGAGACGAGGCUCAGCUGGUAUUCACAGCGUCUGAAGGAAUACGGUGGACAAAACUCACUGGUCCAUAUCUCGUGGAACUGGCCCCACAUUUGCCGGGAGCAGGACCUGUGGCGGUCCUGGCUUCCAGCCGUAGCCUCUACUGGGCCCCACGUGGACAGGGCCUGAUAUACAGGAUCUCGCUGGACGGAAAACCACAGAAAGCUGCGUUGGUGCUCAGAGCCGAAGCCCCGCUGUCGGCUCUGGCCGUGGACUGGGUCAACCAUCUUCUCUACUGGACCAGCACAGAGCUCGGUUGGGUCAGCGUCGCGCUGCUGGACGGUUCAGCUCAGCGUGUGCUUAUCUCAAAACUCGACCAGCCCUCUGCUGUGGCUGUGGAUCCUCUCAGACAGUUGCUUUUCUGGACUCAGUGUGGCCGAUCCCCGAAGAUUGAGAGUGCCGGCUUGGACGGGCAGGGCCGGAUGACUCUGGUUGAUUCAUCAAUUCACCAGCCCGUCGCACUCUCCCUAGAUAUGCCUCGCCAGUUGCUGUACUGGUUUGACCAGAAAACAAGGAGCAUCUCCAGAGUAGAUCUUGAAGGACGUCACCGUAAAACAGUGGUAGAGUCUAAUGGCUAUCUGGACCGGCUGUUUGGACUGGCUGUGUUUGAGGGGUUUGUGUAUUGGAGUGAUGAAGUUACCCGCUCCAUCUGCAGAGCAGACAAGCACAACGGCAGAAACCUCACGGUUCUGCAGUCUCGCGUCGCCUCGCCAGGCGGCCUGGCCCUCGUCCACCCUGUUCUUCAACCAAACGGGCCGCCUUUGUGCGAGUGUGUCGGAGCGGUGUGCCAACACGAGCGAGUCACUGACCUGCUGCCUGAGAAUCCCAAGUUUGGCUGCAACUCUCCAAGAAAAGCACAGAACGAAUCUCAGGAAGUUCCGAUGAUUUCUCACACAGUUUCUGGAUCAGUUUUGUCUGACCCUACACUGGCAGGAGUCCUCUCUCUCAUUGUGCUCUUCAGUGUGCUGCUGGCGGGCCUGACGGUGUGGUGGUGGAGGGAAGAGCCGAGGCCUCCAAGGUCGCUCACUGUGCUCAGCUUCUCGCUUAAAGAGUCCCGAGACCCGUUAAUCAUCCAGAGUUCACACGUGGGCCCCAACGCCAGUCUGUCCAAGGAAACUCUGCUUAAGCCAGACUUGGAUGGUGAAUGAAGGAGCGGCACAGUGGGUCACCUGACCGGCUUUCACCGAUUGGUGUCUCAAUCCUCGCUGUGACCUCGGAGCUGAAAGGACAACGAGGCGAAAACCGCACACGUUCAGGUCAUGUCGGUUGUGUCUACGAGGGGUUAACAUUUGCCUUCAGAGCAGGUCCAUUAACUUCAGAAGAAGUUAUUCAAAUUCAGUGAUCCUGUUGGGUCCAUUAUAGAAUACGCCUCAGUCAGUGAUGAACUCUCUGAAAGCUGUGGACACGCACAUAUCUGAUUUAUUUCUUCUUCCUUAAAUAUCUUGGAGAAAAAAAAAUGCUGUAGUUUCUAUUGCUUGUUGAUGCUCAGUAUCCCAAGUUAAGACGGUUAAGACAUUUUAAUCUCAGCCUCUCAAAUGUUUCUGCAUUUUGUCAGAUUGAAACAUGUUUUGUGAGGAUGUUUUGAAAGAUUGAAAGGUUUGGCGAAUUCUAGGAUCUAACAAAUCAAGCACUAAGAAAAACAUUUAAUAUAUUUUUCUACAGAUGAAAACAUUAGUCAACCUAUUGAGUAAUGCUCUGUAGUUUUGAUGCUACUGUUGAGUUUGAUGUUUAGAUGCACUUUCUCAUUGUUUAAUGUCUGUCAGCUGUAAUUUUCAGAAAUCCACUGCCCACCUGAUUUUAUUCCUGGUUUACCCACGAGAGAGGAAUUUGCAGCUGCAUCUACAAAAAAACUGAAUAAAAUGCAACAGUCUGUCUUUUUAACAGUGUAACUUCCAUACAUAUAAGAUUUACUUUACAUCCACAUCUUAAAUAUUCAAAGUUUCAUGGUUAUGAAGUUAUGAAUUGAAUCUUGAAACUUAAAUAUACAUUUUCUGAUAAUAAUACAAUAUUUCAUAAAAUCCUUUGUUUUCCUUUUUCAACCAUUUGCCAUAUUUAUCUCAAAUACAAUAAAAUUAAACAUCUUAGCUGGUAUGAUGUGAGCGGAGCAGUAACUCACCAAACAAGCACCUUGUUGUAAUUAUUCAGGACGAAGGUACAUUUCCUCCCUUGUCAGUGAAUAUUUGCAGCAAACACUCUGGGCCACAAUAAUCACAAGUGGGAAUUUGAUAAAAGCUCAUGCAAAAUCAGUCUCUUGAGGGUUAAAAUGUUUUGAUUCAUUCCAGAAAGAUGUGAGCUGUAUUUAACAGGAGGAUACUGUUUCUUUUUGUUUGGUUGUUUGUUUUCCUGUCUGAUGUUUGGGGUUUGCGGUACAGUUGGAGCCACAUCUCUGCUGGCUGUCCUAAUUUUUUGCAAUGUUGAUACCCAAAGCUCAAAAUGCAAUUGAAAGAUGGCAUAAUCUUUUAAAGUGGCCUUGAAUUAAUGAAUGAAUGAAUGAAUGUCUCUGUGUUUGGCUCCAUAGCCAAGAGGAAAUGUGAUAAAAUGUGCCCUCUCUGCGCUUCGUGAAAGCUGAGAUGUGUCUGAGUCCUACUUGUCAGUUCAUAUUUCACUUUUAUGCACUCGCUCACUUCCUGUCGGAGCAUCGAAUGAGAGUAAUAAUAAUGGGCUGAGGGCUGAGGGCUGAGCGUGAGGAGCAGAAACAUAGGAACAGUUCAUGAAGAGCUUUCUAAAGGUGGAGAACGGUUCUUGCCAGCACUUCUACGUUUUGGUGAUUUCAAAGUUGAAUCCUAUUGAUUGUAUUUCAUUGCUGUGUCUGCCACUUCCUGCCUUAUGAUUUAUUUGUACUGAUGUGCUCUUUUUUCUUUUUUCUUUUUCAAAAUGAUUCCAUUAAAUAACAGAAGCAAACAGCCUUUCUAGUUCAGCGGCAAUAUUCAAAGACGUAGUUAAUUGCUUUCGUUGCAGAUUUGUUUUGUGUGCACAAGUGUGAGGGGGUGAAGAAAUACUGUCUGGGUGUUGUUGUGUGAAAUGUCUAUGGGAAGUUUGGUUUUGCUUUUGGUUGAACACUCAGUCAGCAUGAUUCAGUAGACUCUGCUUUUAAAUUAAGUUGUUCAGUGUUUAUCCUGACAGCCACAGUGAAACGGCACAAUCUAUGGGAUCGCUAUGAAUCUACUGGCACUAGUUAAGAAAUAAUGUUGUUAGUGUGCCCUCAAACCUAUGAAUAUUUGGUUGGUAUUUAUUUUGAAGGUGUGUUGUAUUUAUUUUUGGGGUAGUUAAUGUCUGUUAACACUGUUCAAUGCUACAGUCAAAUCAAAUAAAGUAUUUUGUUUUUCCUG